ACCCGGAAGGGAGCCGGUGGGGAUCAGCAUGACCCUUGAAGCUGCAGGGCAGGCAGAAAUUCAGCAGAUGCUGCAAGGGCUUUUUUGGCAGGUGAGAAGCGGAGGGUCACCUGUCCUGGCCAGGUGCGGAAGCCUCGGCUAGUAGGAGAAGAAACCAAGGAAGCUCUGGAUGGCUGACCCUGGCUCUGAGAGGCCGAAGGUGUGGGUGAUGGAGCCCUUUCGGGUAGCCAAGUCUCCACCAGCCGCCUAUUAUAUUCCAGACUUCAUAGAUGAGGAAGAAGAGCAAUACCUUUGGCAGCAAAUUUAUAAUGCACCCAAGCCCAAGUGGACACAGCUGUCUGGCAGGAGACUGCAAAACUGGGGAGGGCUGCCCCACCCAAAGGGGAUGGUGGCAGAGAAAUUGCCCCCCUGGCUGCAGCGUUACGUGGAUCGAGUGUCUUCCCUCGGAGUCUUUGGAGGAAAGCCAGCCAACCAUGUCUUGGUGAAUGAAUACCAAGCCGGCCAGGGCAUCAUGCCGCACGAAGAUGGACCACUAUAUUAUCCCAUUGUUACCACCAUCAAUCUGGGGUCACACACCCUCCUGGACUUCUACCACCCCAUCACCGGAGAAGCGCCCCCCGAAAGCCAAGAGACUUCGGCCCCGCAGACCCAGGAGGAGCGCCACGCUUUCUCCCUCCUUCUGAAGCCCCGCAGCCUCCUGGUCUUGCAGGAAGACAUGUAUGUGCGCUACCUUCAUGGCAUCCGCCCCGUCUCAACGGACACCGUGACGCAGAAAGUGGCUAACGCCGGCCUGUGUGGCUGCGAGAUUGGGGACACGUUGCCGCGUCAGACCCGGGUGUCUCUCACCAUCCGCCACGUCCCCAAAGUGCUAAAAACGUCCAUUAUUCUCGGCCGGAGGAAGUGACCGGUGUUUUGCAUGGCAGGGGUGGUGCCCCCAGGAGGCGGUGAGAGGGAAGAGCUGCGAGCCCCCCACUCAAAAUCACCAGCGCUGGGUGCAGAAUGCAGCUUCUAACAGACAUUGGCAUGCUUGGCCCACAAAAGGCUAUUUUUUCCCCAGCAUGCUAAAAUUAUGCAAAUAAACUCCCAAGAAUUGUA